GAAAGAUUUCCUACAAACCGCUCAUUGCGACCAUUGCCCAUCCCCAUCACCCCCCAUGGCGUCCCGGCGACUAGCUUUGAACCUUGCGCAAGGCCUGCGAGGCCGAGCAGGUCUCUCCCUACCGCUGAAGAGAGGCUUCGCGACCCCGGUGUCCGCGCCGAUCAAGACCCAGACCACAACAUUGAAGAAUGGCCUGACUGUUGCCUCCCAGUACUCUCCUUAUGCGCAGACCUCGACCGUGGGCAUGUGGAUCGAUGCCGGUUCAAGGGCCGAGACAGACGAGACAAAUGGCACGGCACAUUUCCUCGAGCAUCUGGCCUUCAAGGGGACCGCCAGCCGGACACAACAGCAAUUGGAGCUUGAGAUCGAGAACAUGGGCGCUCACUUGAACGCCUACACCUCGCGCGAGAACACCGUUUACUUUGCCAAAUCUCUUAACGAGGACGUGCCCAAAUGCGUCGACAUUCUCGCCGAUAUCCUUCAAAACUCGAAGCUCGAGGAGUCGGCCAUCAACCGGGAGCGCGAUGUGAUCCUGAGAGAGGCUGAAGAGGUUGAGAAGCAACUCGAGGAGGUUGUCUUCGACCACCUCCACGCCACCGCCUAUCAGCAACAACCCCUUGGCCGGACCAUCCUGGGUCCUCGGGAGAAUAUCCGGGAUAUCACGCGGACCGAGCUCGUCAACUACGUCAAGCACAACUACACGGCUGAUCGCAUGGUACUGGUCGGGGCUGGUGGUAUCCCCCACGACAAGCUUGUCGAAAUGGCGGAUCAGUAUUUCGCCAAGCUCCCCAGCACGACUCCCCAGACCGGUGCCUAUAUCCUCUCCAAGAAGAAGCCCGACUUCAUUGGUUCGGAUAUCCGGAUCCGUGACGACACCAUCCCGACUGCCAACAUCGCCAUCGCCGUCGAGGGUGUCAGCUGGAACGACGACGACUACUUCACCGCCCUGGUCACCCAGGCUAUUGUCGGAAACUACGACAAAGCCAUGGGCAACGCCCCCCACCAAGGAAGCAAGCUCAGCGCCUUCGUCCACAACAACGACCUCGCCACCAGCUUCAUGAGCUUCUCCACUAGCUACAGCGACACUGGUCUCUGGGGUAUCUACCUCGUCACCGACAAGCUCACGCGCGUUGACGACCUCGUCCACUUCGCCCUCCGGGAGUGGUCCCGCCUCUCGAACAACGUGACCGAGGCCGAGGUGGAGCGGGCAAAGGCCCAGCUCAAGGCGUCGAUCCUCCUGUCCCUCGACGGCACCACCGCCGUGGCCGAGGACAUUGGCCGCCAGAUCGUCACCACGGGCCGCCGCAUGAGCCCCGGCGAGAUCGAGCGCGUCAUCGACGCCGUCACCGAGAAGGACGUCAUGGAGUUCGCCAACCGGAAGCUGUGGGACCAGGACAUCGCCAUCAGCGCCGUCGGCAGCAUCUCGGGCCUGUUCGACUAUACGAGGAUCCGGAACGAUAUGAGCAGGAACUUCUAAGUUUGCGCCGGUUGGGGGGGUUGUCGGGCAGCACGGGGAGCGGGGGUCCACGUGUGUUGUUGAGGGGGUUGGAUUCCAGUCGUGUACUAAUAGUUGUGUGGUAUCCGGCCCAGGCUGUACUGUAGGGGCUUAUGGGUAGAUAUAGAGCAAUCCACCGGUUCCUUCAUCUCCAGUCGUCGAUCCGGCCAUUCACAUGUCAUGCAUAAAUGGGAUUAUAGGUCCCAUCGCAAACUCGCCGAGAGCCUUCCUUGUGAUUGUAGGUAUAAUCAUUAAGUCGGACCAUCACCAUGAGACUAUCUUAAAUAUGUUCUCUAUUCCGUUGUAGAUUCUACCAAUCAUGCUUGCUUCCACGACAGGACCCCCCACUCAGCCAAACUUCUUCUCAAACUUCUUGAACAUCCCCGUUAC